AUGUAUGAUUUGAAAAUACAAACCAAUAAUAACAACAAUAACACUACACUCAUUUGUGAAAAUAACAACUCAGAUGUUCAGAAUUAUAAUUUUUAUAACAUUCUCAGAGAGGACGAUGCUAAUGAUGAUGAUAUUUCAAACCACAGCAUCUUGGACGCGGAUUCGGACUUAUAUGAAUUUGAGUCUAACACCCGAAAUGUUUGGACCCCUCAGGGUGAAAUGGCACAUUCAAGAGCUGUGCUUUAUUCAACAGAGGCAAUACUAGUAAUUUUACAAGGCCACCUCAUUCUCGAUUCAACAACUCAAAUAAUCAUAACUGUAAGAGAAACUAUUGGUUCUAUAAUCGUAAUCAAAAUAAACAGAGAAACGGUCAGAGAGGCGGUCAUAUGA